CCGGGGAUAUCAUAGCAUUUUCCAGUCUUACUCCUUGGGUGGUAGUGGCAGUAAGGAAUCAGGGAGCGGGCAAAGGUAGUCCGAGCCUGAUCUUAGGUUUUCCAAACUUUCAUCACAGUUAGCGUGUGAAAUUUCUAGGGUUUUUGUUCGCGUAGCCCUAAGCUUCGGCUUCGUAUUUCGUCGGAAAUGGCUGGGAACAACGUGAUCUCCGACGACGAAGAUGAGGUUGGAGUUGAGGAAGAGGAGCGCGACGAAGAGCCCGCAGACGGGGAGGGAGUUGACGAGCGAGACGAUGAUGAGGAGGAAGAGGACGAAGAUGAAGAAGGGCAAGAUGAGUAUGAGAAGGAUGGAUUUAUAGUAGAUGAUGUUGAUGAAGAGGAAGAGGAGGAGGAGGAAGAUAGAGCUCACAGCGAUGAAGAGAGACACAAGAAGAAGAAAAGGAAGAAAAGGGAGUCUGAGAGGAAUUACGAGCUUGAUGAAGACGAUUAUGAACUUCUGCAAGAAAGCAACAUAUCAGUUCAUCGCCCAAAACUUGAGAGCAAAAAAUUCAAGCGGCUGAAAAAAGCUCAACGGGAUGAGGAAGGGCAUUCUGAUUUUCCUGAGGAGGAGGAUUUUGAUGAAUCUGGCAAGCGAGGCCGUACAGCUGAGGAGAAGCUCAAGCACAGUUUAUUUGGUGAUGAUGAAGUGCAACCACUUGAGGAUAUUGCUGAGGAGGAGCAGCCAGAGGAAGAAGAGGAGGAUGCAGAUAUUGGUGAAGAAGAUGAAAUGGCUGACUUCAUUGUUGAUGAAGAAGAAGUUGACGAGCAUGGUGCACCCGUGAGAAGGAAGAAAUUGAAUAAAAAGAAGUCCAGACAGGCCCCAGGAGUUUCAUCCACCGCACUUCAGGAAGCCCAUGACAUAUUUGGUGAUGUUGAUGAGCUCUUAAGGCUUCGCAAACAAGGAUUGGCAAAGAUGGGCCAUUAUGAUGAAGGUGGUGAGUGGAGGGAAAGGAAGCUUGAAGAUGAAUUUGAGCCAAUUAUUCUUUCUGAAAAAUAUAUGACUGAGAAGGAUGAGAGGAUUCGGGAGAUAGAUAUCCCAGAAAGAAUGCAGUUAUCUGAGGAAAGCACUGGUCCACCUAUGGAUGAGAUGAGUAUAAGUGAGGAGACUAACUGGAUCUACAAUCAACUCCGGUUUGUGCCCCCAUUUAACAAGCGGGAGACAGGGACAAGUGAAGAAGGAAAUGAACUUCCAAUUGACAAAGAUGAUAUUAUGAGGUUUUUGGAUUUAAUGCAUGUGCAGAAGUUGGAUGUACCAUUUAUUGCUAUGUACCGGAAGGAGGAAUGCAUGUCCUUACUUAAGGAUCCAGACCAGGGCGAAGUUGAUGCUCUUGAGAAUAACUCUGACAAAAAACCAGCGCUAAAUUGGCACAAGGUGCUUUGGGCAAUCCAGGAUUUAGAUAGAAAGUGGCUUCUUCUUCAGAAGCGGAAGAGUGCUCUCCAAUCAUAUUAUAACAAACGCUUUGAAGAGGAGUCGCGUAGGGUAUAUGAUGAAACAAGGCUAAAUUUGAAUAAACAGCUUUUUGAAUCAAUUUCUAAGUCACUCAAAGCAGCUGGGUCGGAAAGGGAGGUUGAUGAUGUCGAUUCAAAAUUUAACCUACACUUCCCCCCUGGUGAAGUUGGUGCUGAUGAAGGUCAAUUUAAGAGGCCAAAGAGGAAAUCACAGUAUAGCAUUUGCAGCAAGGCUGGGUUGUGGGAAGUUGCGAGCAAGUUUGGUUACAGCUCCGAACAAUUUGGGUUGCAGAUAUCUCUGGAAAAGAUGAGAAUGGAUGAAUUGGAAGACCCAAAGGAAACACCAGAGGAGAUGGCUUCGAACUUCACCUGCGCGAUGUUUGAAACAUCACAAGCAGUUCUCAAGGGUGCUAGGCACAUGGCAGCAGUUGAGAUUAGCUGUGAACCUAGUGUCCGGAAAUAUGUCCGUUCUGUCUAUAUGACAGAUGCUGUAGUAUCAACAUCACCUACUCCGGAUGGGAAUGCAGCUAUUGAUCCUUUUCAUCAGUUUGCUGGAGUGAAGUGGCUACGGGACAAGCCACUUUCCAGAUUUGAUGAUGCACAAUGGCUUCUCAUACAGAAGGCUGAAGAGGAGAAACUGUUACAAGUUACUAUAAAGCUGCCAGCACCGGUCCUGGAGAAGCUUUUGUCCGACUCCAAUGAUUAUUACCUUAGUGAUGGUGUGAGUAAAUCUGCUCAAUUAUGGAAUGAGCAGAGGAAGUUGAUACUUCAAGAUGCAAUUUCUAAUUUUCUCUUACCAUCAAUGGAGAAAGAAGCAAGAUCUAUGUUGUCUAGUAGAGCAAAGAGUUGGUUACUUUCGGAAUAUGGACAGCUUUUGUGGAACAAAGUUUCUGUUGGUCCAUAUCAGCGAAGAGAAAAUGAUGUUAGCUCAGAUGAAGAGGCUGCACCAAGGGUUAUGGCAUGCUGUUGGGGACCUGGAAAACCUGCAACCACUUUUGUGAUGUUGGAUUCAUCUGGAGAAGUUGUGGAUAUCUUGUAUGCAGGGUCUCUCAGCCUUCGUGGUCAUAAUGUUAAUGACGAGCAGAGAAAGAAGAAUGAUCAGCAAAGGCUUUUAAAGUUUAUGAUGGAUCACCAACCUCAUGUUGUUGUACUAGGAGCUGUGAAUUUGUCUUGCACACGUCUCAAGGAGGAUAUUUAUGAGAUUAUAUUUAAGAUGGUCGAGGAUAACCCAAGAGAUGUUGGUCAUGAGAUGGAUAAUUUGAACGUUGUGUAUGGUGAUGAGUCCCUUCCUCAUCUUUACGAGAAUUCCCGUAUUUCAGCUGACCAGCUUCCUUCACAGUCGGGUAUUGUGAGACGUGCUGUAGCCCUUGGGCGUUACCUUCAAAAUCCUUUAGCAAUGGUUGGUACAUUAUGUGGACCAGGGAGGGAGAUACUAUCCUGGAAGCUGAGUUCUAUGGAGAACUUUUUAACUCCUGAUGAGAAGUAUGGAAUGAUUGAACAGAUUAUGGUGGAUGCCACUAACCAAGUGGGUCUAGAUCUUAAUUUGGCUAUAAGUCAUGAGUGGUUAUUUGCACCUCUGCAAUUUAUUUCUGGACUAGGACCCAGAAAGGCUGCAUCGCUGCAAAGAUCCUUGGUUAGACAACAAACAAUAUUCACCAGAAAGGACCUGUUGACUGAACAUCACCUUGGUAAAAAGGUGUUUGUCAAUGCAGUCGGUUUCCUGCGAGUGCGGCGAAGUGGAUAUGCUUCUAACAGUAGUACAUAUAUUGACUUGUUGGAUGAUACAAGGAUACAUCCAGAAUCGUAUAGUCUUGCUCAGGAAUUGGCCAAAGAUGUUUAUCUCAAAGACGUUGGUGAAGAUACAAAUGAUGAUGAUGAAGUGCUGGAAAUGGCUAUUGAGCAUGUGAGAGAGAAACCUCAGUUACUAAGGGGGGUCGAUCCUUAUAAAUAUGCUGAUGCAAAGCAGCGAAUAAGUAAAAAGGAAACUCUGAAUGAUGUAAGAUUGGAGCUGAUGCAAGGAUUUCAGGAUUGGAGAAGACCAUAUGUAGAGCCUAGCCAGGAUGAGGAGUUUUACAUGAUUUCUGGUGAGACUGAGGAUACACUAUCUGAAGGAAGAAUUGUGCAAGCAACCGUUCGCAGGGUUCAACCUCAGAAAGCUAUAUGUGCUCUUGAAUCUGGUCUGUCUGGCAUACUCAUGAAGGAAGAUUCUUCAGAUGAUUGGAGGGAUAUAAAUGACUUAACUGAAAAAUUACGCGACGGUGAUAUAUUGACUUGUAGAAUCAAGUCAAUACAAAAGAACAGAUACCAGGUGUUUUUAAGUUGCAAAGAGAAUGACAUGAGAGGUAACCGCUUCCAAAAUAAUAGGAUUAUGGAUGCUUUCUACCAUGAAGAUCGCAGUAGCUUACCUACUGAGCAAGAAAAAGCUCGCAAAGAGAAGGAGCUUGCAAAGAAGCAUUUCAAGCCAAGGAUGAUUGUUCAUCCUCGUUUCAAAAAUAUAACAGCAGAUGAAGCAAUGGAGUUCCUGAGUGACAAAGAACCUGGUGAAAGCAUCAUACGCCCUAGUUCCCGUGGGCCAUCUUAUUUAACUUUAACACUCAAGGUUUAUGAUGGCGUGUAUGCCCACAAAGAUAUAGUGGAAGGUGGAAAGGAGCACAAAGAUAUUACAAGUCUGCUCCGUAUAGGGAAGACUUUGAAAAUAGGGGAUGACACAUUUGAGGAUUUGGAUGAGGUGAUGGAUCGUUAUGUUGAUCCAUUAGUUGCUCAUCUGAAGGCAAUGCUGAACUACCGUAAGUUUAGGAAGGGGAGUAAAGCAGAAGUCGAUGAACUCCUUCGCAUUGAAAAAUCUGAUAACCCAAUGAGGAUUGUCUAUUCUUUUGGUAUAUCUCAUGAACAUCCGGGUACUUUUAUCUUGACUUAUAUCAGAAGUUCAAAUCCGCACCAUGAAUAUGUUGGUCUGUAUCCAAAAGGGUUCAAGUUCAGAAAGAGAAUGUUUGAGGAUCUUGAUCGUGUUGUGGCAUAUUUCCAAAGACAUAUUGAUGAUCCACAGGACUCUGCACCAUCAAUACGAUCAGUUGCUGCAAUGGUGCCUAUGCGGAGCCCUGCUGCUGGUGGCUCAUCAGGAUUUGGUGGUGAUUGGAGAGGUGGUCAAAAUAUGGACCGUGACAGAACACAAGGUUCUAGACAAGGGAGAAAUGAUUAUAGAAACGGUGGUAAUCAAGAUGGACAUCCUAGUGGAGUGCCCAGGCCAUUUGGUGGUCGUGGACGCGGACGUGGACGAGGCCGAGGACGGGGAUCUUAUGAUCAUAACAGAGGAAACAAUGAUGGUAAUGACAGACAAGAUUCAGAUUAUGGCUCCCAAAAGUGGGGUUCCAAAGGUGAUGAUGGGUGGGGUGGUGGUGGUGGAGGAAGCGGUGGUGGCGGUUGGGGAAGUACAAGUGAUGGUGGAGGCGGCGGUGGCGGUUGGGGAAGUACGAGUGAUGGUGGAGGCGGUGGUGGAUGGGGCGGCGACAAAGGUGGUGGUGGUGGUUCAGAUGAUUCUGGGUGGGGUGGCGGCAAAAAGACUCCCACGCAGUCGCAACCUGGUGGUGGUGGUGGUGGAUGGUCUGAGAACAGUGGUGGUGGAGGUGGAGGUGGGUGGUGAUUGUAUAGUGUUUGCAUGGUUAGUCUGUUGCAAAUCUGAUGAUCCCAGCUGACAAUUUGUGCUCCUUUUCCGAUUUUAGUGACUAUUUUUCUUGACCCCCACCCCCUAAAAUUUUCUUGGUUUGAAAAGGAAGCAAAUUAAAGCUGCGCAAGGUCUGUUAUUAGGAAUUGUUGCCCACCUUUGCAAUUGCUCAUUGGUGUAGAUGCCCUUGUCUUUGUACAAGUUACUACA